UGUGUGUGGCCACAAAAGUGUGUGCGAUUCAUCGGACGGUGACCCUUUUCACACGCAUGCGCACAUUGUCAGAAACUGCCCGGUGACGUAGGUCUUUGCGUGUAAACAACCCGUCUAGACAUUUAAACUGUCAGCUGUCAGAGAGACGCGGAGCGACGGUCCACCGCCCGGCCGUCUCCAACUGUCGGGACUCCCGACCUCCGCCAUGCAGCAUGACCCCACGACGAGGACCUCGCCCGUGUUUGUCGUCUCGAAAAGAAGGGCCUCCCUGAUGCCCGACGCCGACGCCGACGCCGACGCCGACGCCCCCGGAAAAAACUUUGCCGAGACGCUGCCGACGGAAAUGAGCGUGAAGAUCUUCGGCGAGCUGGACGCCGGGAGCCUGUGCAGCGCCUCGCGGGUCUGCAGGCUGUGGCACCGCAUCAUCGAGGGGAGCGACCAGGUGUGGAGGAGGCCGUGUCUGCCGGUCGCAGCCGUCUGUCAGAGGGAGGUCGACGGCGACAGGAGAGACGGCCUGACCUGGAAGGUCACGCUGGUGAAGAACUACACCCGCAGCUGUGUGAAGAGGGACUGGCUGAGAGGUCGCUACAGCCACGUGAGGUCAGCGGGGGAGCUGAUCGGCAGGAAGAUGGCGCCGCUGGACGCUGAGACCUGGGGGGAGAUCCUGCAGGCCGAGCUGGACCGAUGAGCGACGGCGUCCGAGGAUUUUAUUCGAAGCACCUCAGGCACUUUGAGUGCCUGAUUUUUAAAAGAAUUUUUGACUCUAAUAUAUUUGAAGUUGUGUCCCCUGCCUUCGCCCUAUGUCAGCUGGGAUAGGCUCAGCGCCCCCGGCGACCCUAAUGAUGAUAAGCUGUAUUGAAAAAUGGAUGGAUGGAUGGAUAUUUGAAGUUUGCAAAUACACACAAACAAUUGUACAUAGUUUUUUUUAAGAAAAAAAAAAAAAAAAAAGAUCAUGGAGGGCACAAAAUUGACAUUUUGAGUGAAUUAAUUUAAGUAAUUUCAUAUUUUUUAUGUAAAAAUGGCUGAAAAUCACAUCUUUGUGAAGCGUGUGAUGCAGUUUUUGUUGUUUGAAAAGUUCAUUCAACUCUCACCAGCUUUUUUUAUGCUGUUUUCAGUGGAGGUGCAUUUCAUUUUUCUUUAUCAUGUCGACGGAUGUGUCUUUACACCGGAGGACAAACCACAACAAAGCUAUAGCUGCUCGACAAAAAUAAAAUGAUAAAACACUGCA